UCUAUAUUUAUAAGAAUCCUUAAGAUUGGAUCAUACAUUUGUUUACUUGCAUUGCAGAUUUUAUUCCGAGUAAACUGGGUUUUCAUGUACAGAGAAUAGCUCCUGUGUUCUGUGAAUUGUUGCAUUAUAAUUGCAGGGUGCUGAUGCUUAGUUACGUGUUUGAUUUCCUGCAGUUUAAUGUGAUUAGUCAUAGAAUGACUGAGUUUAAGGAUGGCUUGAUGAUUUUGGCUUGUCUAUGUGCACACUUCAUAUUUACUAUAUCUGAGGCAGUAUCAUUCUUGUUGUUUGAGCAUUGAUAGUCCAAGUGGGAGACUGUAAGAAUUAAUGUGGACUUAUCAAUGUUCAAUAAGGACCACAACAACUUAGCUACCUUAUUUGCAGAAUAAGUAAUUAGACAGUGCUUGAAUUAUUUGAGUCCAUGACCUCUUUAUCUAUAAUCAGUACUGGAUACGGUAUAUAUUGUUGAUUACUUAAUUAUAAAGUAAUCCUAAAUGUACAUGAAAUAGUUUGACAAAGGCCUACAUCAAUUAGGACUAAGAAUCCUUUAUGGGAGGUACCUAGUCCGUGAUGCCUAUAAAAGUCUUAGAUCCCUGCUCUAUCAAUCACCACGCUAUUCAUAAACUUUGCCCCAUAAAAGUUUGCAUACAGGAUUGGAUAGAGGAGAAGAUCUAUCAUGACUAAUUCAAGUUGGUAUACAUGAUUUAUAUUUUGUUCAUCUUAAUGUUAUGCUUAUGUUAAUCUUAAUUAUGUUCUGUGUUCUUAGAUUGAGUACAAUCUUGUUUUAAUUUUUACGUUUUACAGUCAAUGGUCGGAGGAGACGGGCAUCACCACCGAGAUUAUGAUGUCCCAAGAAGAAGAGGAUAAAGAUGUGAGUAAAAGCUCCCCGUGCGAAUCCUAAGGCUCGAUAUCGGUAAUCGGGCGGCGGAGGGUGAUGAAGGAUGCCGUGGCCGUCACCAAGCUCGACGAGCACCACUUCUUCGCCGUCUACGACGGCCACGGCGGCUCAUCGGUCUCCAACGCCUGCCGCGACCGCCUGCACCAGCUCCUCGCUCAGGAGGUCGAGCCCUGGAUACGCGGCAGGGACAGUACCGGAGGGGUCGACUGGGAGAAGGCCCUGGCCUCCUGCUUCACCAAGAUGGAUAACGAGGUCGGCGCCGCCGCCGCGGAGAUGGAGGGCUGUGUGAACACAGUGGGGUCCAGCGCAGUGGUGGCGAUCAUAGGAAAGGAGGAAAUCGUGGUAGCGAACUCCAGCAACUCACGUGUUGUUCUGUGCCGCGACGGCGUUGCUAUACCUCUGUCACGUGACCACAACCCCGACCGUCCGGACGAGAAGGCGAGAGUGGAGGCGGUGAUGCGCUCAAAGCAAGCGCAUAAUUUAACCCUGGCGGCGGGAGGGAGAGUGAUAGACUGGAAAGGCUGCCGUGUGCUGGGAGUGCUGGCGACGUCGCGGUCAAUCGGAGACCAUUACCUGAAGCCGUACGUGAUAUCGGAGCCGGAGGUGACCAUCAGUAAGAGGACAGGGUCGUCCGACUUUCUGGUGAUAGCGAGCGACGGACUUUGGGACGUCGUAUCGAAUGAGUUUGCGUGUCAGGUUGUGACGAGAUGUCUGGAUGCACAAAUUAAGUUGAAGUUUUCGGAGGGGAUGAGCGGAGGUCCGGCGGAAAAUGCGACGGCCUUGCUGGCGCAACUGGCACUGGCUCGAGGGAGCAAAGAUAAUAUCACCGUCAUAGUGGUUGAGCUCAAGAAGUCCAUGACCGCCUGA